CUUCCAGCAUAAAGGCAGGAACUAUCAGCAAGUCUCAGUAGGAGUGCUCCGGACUACAGUUAGCUCGGCUCCACCCACGUGGAAGCAGAGCAGGGAGGAGGGAGAUCCCACUUCAGUCCCGGAAUAGAGAAGCAGGCCCUUGUCCCAGCAUGGCUCCUGGCAGACACGGAACAAUAAGAGCGGGAAGGAACAGGGGGAAGAUUAAUUCUCCAUCCCCCCUGGUUCAGGCGGGGUGAGGCAGGCAUAGCAGAGUGAAUUCACAAAGGGAGGUGCAGUUGAGUAGCAAAGCAGCUCGGAGCCAGAUUCUGUCCCUCGGUAUACAGAUGAGUAGAGGGAGUGGGAGUGCGCCCCCCUCCCCCCUCAUAGCAGCUGUCCGGUGCACAGAGGUUUAGGGAACAGGGUUUUUGUAUUACCUGCUGUGGGCAGGAGACAGCAGGGGGAUGGAAUUUUGCUUCUCCCUCCCAGUUAGUGUCAUGGGACAGGGAACUGGGGAGGAAUCAAACCCUGCACAGGGCGGACGGAGUGCAGUUAUUUGGGCCGGGUGAGCCAAGGGCAGGAUCCUUGCAACAAGAGCGAGGGGUUGGAGGAGCCUGGGAUAGUGCUUUUCAUUACCAAGGGCAGCCUAUCAGGCUUGGGCAAGGGUCUCAAAGUGAGGCACUCACCCAGGAAAGUGAGCUGGCUGCCUUUGAUGGUGGGACAGUCAGCUGGGAUUUGAUACAAGUAAUCAGGGUUAUUGUGUCAGGUUGUUUCCACAGCUUUGCAGGCCAUACAAGGUGUAAUGGUUCGCCCAGAUCUAGGAUAUUCCACUCAAGUGAUUGCAGGAGAUGAGGCAGACACUGUGGAUGGGGUCCACAGAUUUCUGGAGUUGGUACCAGGAGCCAGUCGGGAACCCAGGCAGAUGCCACUAGCGCUAUGGAACCUUAGAAGAAUGGUAGAAUGGUUGUCAGUGUGGUGUGGAGAUCAGUUGCUCCAUGCACGUGGCAGGGUUGUGAGAGAAGUUUUAAUGAUUUCAUGCAAUUUCAGGAUUAGGAAGGCUGGUCAGUGAUAUGGCCCAUUACAGAGGAACAGGUGCUGCAGCACAUGCUGUCGUUGGCAAACCGUCAACUGGCAUCCUCCACAAUCUCGAAUCGCCUUUCUGCCAUUACAUUCGUCAGUAGGCUAAAUGGUUAUCCUGAUCUUUGCAGUGGUUUUUUUAGUUGGAAGGUUUUUGGCUCAUGGACAGGAGUCGGUCUUGUUCAGGGCUGCAUUCUUGACAGCAGUUUUUGGUGCUUUCAGGAUCAGUGAGCUAGUAUCUGGGUCUGGUAGGAAGGGCUUUGCAACUGCGGGAUAUACAAUGGCAGGAGCAUUCAAUAAUAUUACACUUGUGACGGUCAAAGACAGAUCAAGUUGGCCAGGGUGAAUCUGUGAUCCUCUGGCGGGAUGGUGAGCCUGGAGUCUGCCCAGUUCAGGCUUUGAAGGCCUACUGGGUUAUACGGCCAAAGGGGAAAGGCUCCCUUUUUAUGCAUGGUGAUGGGAGUCCCCUCAUAGCAUAUCAAUUUGUUACUGGGUUGAGACGGGGGCUGAUGAGGUUGGGGCUGCCAGCCCUUGAAUUUGGUUCCCACUCAUUCAGAAUCGGGGCAGCAACGGCAGCAGCACAGAUAGGUAUGGGAGCAGAGGCAAUCGGGAGUUGGCAUUCGGAUGCGUACCGAACGUAUGCAAGACCUCAGGUGAUUCUUAAGAUCCCUUGGUUUGGGUCCUCUUGCUCCAUAAAGCAGAUGAUACUUAUGGAUUCCAUCUGGAAUUCUUUCCCUCAAGAUUUUAAAUCUCCAGUUUAUAAUGAUGGAUUCUGGUCAUAUCAAAUACCUGCUGCAAAAGGGAAGUGUUUAAAGGCAGAUUUAAUUGAAAUAUAACUUUCGCAUGGAGAAUUUGGAAUAGUGAAUAAAUUAUUGGAUAUUUGGAUAUUGUGAAAGAAAUGAAGAGAAAUUUAAGUGACAGUUCAUCUCGUAGCACAGCAGGUUGUCUACCUGUACCACUAUUCAAUCAGAAAAAAAGAACCAGACAGCCGCUCACUUCAAAUCCACUUAAAAAUGAGCCAAGUACCAGCACCGUGACUCAUAGUUAUGACUUUUCUGCUAGAACAACUGAAUUAGGGUGGGAAGUUGCAAAGCCAGAGCUGGCUCAACUACAGAAAACAACGAACAGUGGCCAAAUAGAACCUUCUAUGGCUCCCUCCCUGUUGAAACAACAAAACACAUCAAAGCCGCAUAUAUCAAAUACUGGAAAGAACCUGAAUAUUUUGAGAGCAGAAGAAAAGAAUACCAAUGCUAAAGUUUGGAACAGAAAUGAGCACAUGUCGCCAAGUAGCAGAAUCAAUUUGAUAUCUGAUAGUGGAAUCAUUCGAAAGUUUGAGAAUAUCUCAAAUAGUCUGAGAACUGUUCAGCAGCACAAACUACCUGAGCAUCAUAAGGCAUCACAGCAUAUUGAGACAACUGUAACAGGACAAAUAUGUUCAUCCAAAGCACAAUGGCCAGUUAUAUCCAGCACCACAUCAAGAAGUCUACAGGAUCAUAGUCCAGCAUAUAAAUUUAAUAUUCAUAAUAUCCAGCAUAAUUUUCAACAAAAUAAAGUUAAUGAAAAACAAUUUGAUCAUGUUCCAGAAGACAAAAUGAUUCAGAAAGUUCCAGCAUAUCAAUUAAAACUCAAAGAAAAAGACAAUUCUCUGCGAAUUAUAAGUGCAGUCAUUGAAAGUAUGAAGCAUUGGAGCCAGUAUACUUAUAAAACUGCACUAUUAUUUGAAGUGUUAGGCACACUUGAUUCUGCAGUCACACCUGGAGCAUAUGGAGCAAAAAGUUUUGUCUUGAGAGAUGGAAAGGAGAGUCUGCCAUGUGUAUUUUAUGAAAUUGAUCGGGAGCUUCCAAGACUAAUUAGAGGUCGAGUUCACAGGUGCAUGGGAAACUAUGACACAAAAAGGAACAUCUUCAAGUGUGUGUCUGUAAGACCUGCAACUGUUGUAGAACAAAGAACUUUCCAAGAAUUUGUUAAAACUUCAGAUGUCGAGAUGAGAGAAUGUGUGAAAACAAUGAAUGAAGUUUAAAGUAAUGUUUAUUUAAGCAAUAAUUUAAAGUUGAGAUCACACUCCUGUUGAUCAAUAAGCAUAAAGGCUGCUCAUCUUGAGCAUUUACAAAAGCUCAUAUUAAAAGUAUUCUUUUAUUAAAUCCUUGAAAGCACAAUUAUAGUAUGUGUUAUGUAAAAAUUAAAAUAAAAUAGUUCCGGUUUGUUUCUACCAUUAUA